GUAGUCCACAGUCAGAAAAGUCUACUGUUUUCCAUCGAUCCUAAGCCCCUGCUUGGCGGAGCCCAGGAGACCUGUGGGAGCCCAAGGAAAGCGCAGGCGCAGACUUUCCGGCUCGCCAUCGCAGUCUUUGUUUGCUGAAGAGCCCUGGGAAAUUUAUAAAUAAGGACACAUCAUGAAAGACUUGUGAGUUAAGUCUCAUCCUUCUCCAUGAAAAUACAGCUAAGGAAGAACUCAGAAAACAUAGGAAACAGAAAAAUAUUUCCUCUGGUCACAGACAUUGAUUCUUAAGAUAUGCCUGUUUUGCCUAACCUCAGGAUAAUCAAUGGGAAAAGAUUUCCAUCAUAAAUUCAACUUCCUUAGAUAUCUGAGAAUUGAUAUUGGAGAGAAACCAUAUGAAUUUAGUGAAUGUGGAAAAGCUUUCAUCUAUGUGACACGUCAAGAAAUACUAAAGAAGUCUUAUUGGAGAAAAUAUCUGCAUGAUAACAAUGUUGAAAAGCCUUCAAACUGAAUCAGAUCUCCUUCAGUAUGAUCAAAUUCACAUCAGAGAGAAACCUUGUGAGUGUAAUGAAUGUGGAAAAACCUUUAGCCUGGAGCAAAACCUCAUAGAGCAUAAGAAAAUGCACCCGAGAGAGAAAUCGCAUGAAUGUCAUGAAUGUGGUAAAGUAUUCUCUCAAGUCUCAUCCCUUACUCUACAUUUGAGAAGUCAUACAAGAAAGAAACUAUAUAAAUGCAGUAAAUGUGAAAAGGCCUUUAGCCAGAAGGGAAACUUCCUUUCUCAUCAGAAACAUCAUACUGAAGAGAAACCUUAUGAAAAUGGGGGAGCUUCUGUUCAGAUGCCAGGUCUUACUAAGCACCAGAGAAAUCAUUCUCAAAACAAAUCAUAUGCAUGUAAGGAAUGUGGGAAAGCCUUCAAUGGCAAGUCAUAUCUCACUGAGCAUGAGAAAAUUCAUACGGGGGAGAAACCAUUUAUAUGUGAUCAAUGUGGAAGGGCCUUUAGCCAGAAACAAUACCUCAUUAAACAUCAGAAUAUUCAUAGUGGAAAGAAACCCUUUAAAUGUAAUGAGUGUGGAAAAGCCUUUAACCAAAAGGAAAACCUCAUUAUCCAUCAAAGAAUACAUACUGGAGAGAAACCUUAUGAAUGUAAAGGGUGUGGGAAAGCUUUCAUUCAGAAAUCAAGCCUCAUUAGACACCAGAGAAGUCAUACAGGAGAGAAACCCUAUGUAUGUAAGGAAUGUGGGAAAGCCUUCAGUGGUAAAUCAAAUCUCACUGAGCAUGAGAAAAUUCAUAUUGGAGAGAAACCCUAUAAAUGUAAUGAAUGUGGAACAAUCUUUAGGCAGAAGCAGUACCUCAUUAAACAUCACAAUAUCCAUACAGGAGAGAAACCCUAUGAAUGUAAUAAAUGUGGAAAAGCCUUUUCUCGAAUUACAUCACUUAUUGUACAUGUGAGAAUCCACACAGGCGAUAAACCUUAUGAAUGUAAAGUAUGUGGGAAAGCCUUCUGUCAAAGCUCAUCUCUUACUGUGCAUAUGAGAAGCCAUACAGGUGAGAAGCCCUAUGGUUGUAAUGAAUGUGGAAAAGCUUUCUCUCAGUUCUCAACUCUUGCUCUACAUAUGAGAAUCCAUACUGGAGAAAAGCCUUAUCAGUGUACUGAAUGUGGGAAAGCUUUUAGCCAGAAGUCACACCAUAUUAGACACCAGAGAAUUCAUACUCAUUAAACUUCUAUGAAUGCCUUGAAUUUAGAAAACCUUCAACAGAAUUCAUAUUUGUAGUAUAUCAGAAAAUCCAUCUUAC